UCUUUGUUAUUCUUAUUUUAACAAUAAUCGCAUAUUACAAUGAAAAUGAAUUGCAAUUGAAACUUGUUUAAUUAAUAUACAGUGAUUCGUUGCAAUAAUUAGCAUGACGUGUAUAAUAAUAAUAUAUGAAUACGAUCGGAAGAAUAUAACAAUUAAAUGCAAUCAUGAAGAAUUGGAAUAUAUUUUAUCAUGGAGGAGUCACGAUCAAUCCCAUACGUUCAUAUCUCUUCUCGCUAGUUUUCAAUACGAAUUUUUGUUAAUCCUUUUUGAAAAAAAUGCGCUUUUAGGAUGAAUUCUCCAAGGUUUUACAGAUGAUUUUCAAUGAUACGAGUACACACAGUCGGUAGAAAAAGUGGGGAAAAUAUAACGACGCCUGAGCAGCUCGUUCCACAAACUACUGCAAGGCAUUACAUAAAGGCGAAAUGCGAAUAUACAAAUGAAAUUUGAUAUUCGCGCGUAACGACCUUUUUACUGACAGAGAGAAAGAGCGUAAAAAGGAAAGAUUAGUAUAUCUAACGAAUAAACUAAAAAUGUCUCAAACAGGUCAAUUGGCUCUAAAUAACGAAUGAGUUCUCUACUUAGUCUCAUCGCAUGACCGAAUGUAAAAAAUAAAUAUACCAAAAAAAUUAACAUGCCGAGAAUUCGAAUAAUUGUAGAGUUCUAACCUGUAAUUUUAAUUUUACGCAGAAUCCAGAGCAAUUCCCUAAUUACAGUAUAUUCUAUAAGCUAAUAAAUAAAUUAUGUAUUUUUAUAAAUACGCCUCAUUGUUACAUUAUUACUGUUAAAAAUCCUCAUUAAAUCAGUUGAGUGCUUUAUAGACUGGGUAGAUCUUUGCUGGCAAUAAUGAUCGUUGGAAGAAUUUUAUCAUCUACUCUGACAAGGACACGAUCGGUUUCCUUUGCUCAGCCCCAGUUAUUAAACCAGAGGCAAAGUUUGACUCUGUGUUUAUUGGCAUGUAAACUAUCCAGUCACCGUGUCACAAAGAGCAUCGAGCACAUUACACAGAAUAAUCGAAUUUUGGUUUCUAAUGACCAAACGCAACAUAAUAAAAAUACAGAAUGUAGACCACUGUUAAUUGUACUCAGUUGGCUCUUAGCAAGACGUAGACAUGUUAUGAAAUUUAUUAAUUUGUACACAGAACAGGGUUUUGAUGUUGCGUUAGUAUCAAUGACACCUUGGCAACUACUGUGGCCCAUUACAGGAUCAAGGGUAGUGGCUGCAGACUUACUAGAGUUCUUAAUACAACAUGAAAAUUACCAACAAAUAUUGUUACACGGGUUCUCGGUGGGAGGAUAUAUGUGGGGAGAAGUGUUGGAUUUAAUUGAAAGCAACCGUCAAAGAUAUGCUAAUGUGAUAGAUAGAGUUGUUGGCCAAGUCUGGGAUAGUUUGGCAGAUGUAACCGAAUUGUCAAUCGGUACCCCACGUGCUGUAUUUCCAAAAAAUGAAAUGUUACAAAAUGUAUUACAAAAGUAUUUAGAAUAUCAUAUGAUGACAUUUUAUAAACAAUCUACACAGUAUUAUAUACGAUCUAGUCAAUUAUUUCAUUCGAAUUUAGUACACAGUCCAGCAUUAUUUUUUGUAAGUAAAACGGAUCCUGUUGGUACAAUAACUAAUAAUAUGAGAGUACGCAGCCAAUGGGAAUCCUUGGGUGUGAAGACUUAUGUCAAAAUAUUUGAGAAAUCGCCACAUGUUGGACACUUCCAAAACCAUCCAAAAGAAUAUGUCGGAGAACUUUAUGCUUUCUUGAAUAAAUUACGUUUAAUACAAAAUGAAGAAAAAAUGAGAGCACGUCUCUAAAUGCGCAAUAUAAUAUCUAAUUACUUACACUCUUAAAUGAUAU